GUGUGAAUGUGUGUGUAUUCACUGCUGACUGCAUUCACUGUAUUCAUAGAGUGUAUGACUGUAUGUAAUGACUGUAUGUAUGACUCUAUGAACAGUAAUACAAAUAUCAGUAAUAUUUGUGUGAUUUGUUUCAAUGAUUACACAAUCAAUGCUUACAACUAAAGUGAGUUGAGAUUGAUUUAGCAGUGAUUUAGUGUUUGAUGAGACAAUUGCUGAGUUUGACAGCCGAUUGGACACAAGUAUUGAUCCAUUGAUAGGUUUGGAAGCACGUGAAGUAGUGUCCAAAUGUUGAAACAGUUGGAAAUGGGUUUACGCGCCGUUUUGGUCUUCGCCUCCAAGAUUUGGACAUUCAUUUGCUAUGUCCUCAAGAAACAAGUCAGGACUGUUAUCCAACACCAGACCGUUAAGUACCACAUCAUGCCGUUGUCCCCACUCUCCAAACACAGACUCAGUUUGGUCAAGAGGAAGGUCUUGGUGUUAGACUUAGACGAGACGCUAAUACAUUCACAUCACGACGGAGUGAUCAGACAAAUGGUCAAACCGGGAACGCCUCCAGACUUUGUGCUCAAAGUGACUAUAGAUAGACAUCCCGUCAGGUUCUUCGUGCACAAGAGGCCACAUGUGGACUAUUUUCUAAAUGUCGUUAGCCAAUGGUAUGAUUUAGUAGUGUUUACGGCAAGUAUGGAGAUAUACGGGGCGGCGGUGGCCGACAAACUCGACAACAAUAGAGGCAUUUUGAAGAAGAGAUACUUUAGACAGCACUGCACUCUAGACUACGGCAGUUAUACCAAAGACUUAACGGCAAUAGUUCACGACUUAUCCAGUGUUUUCAUUCUAGACAAUAGUCCCGGUGCUUACAGAGCAUAUCCAGAUAACGCAAUACCUAUAAAGUCAUGGUUUUCCGACCCGCGAGACACAGCUUUACUCAAUUUACUGCCAGUUUUGGACGCUUUAAGGUUUACAAGUGAUGUCCGAUCAGUGCUGAGUCGGAACCUACACCUACACAACCUUUGGUAGCGCUUAGACUCCAUUAUAUUCUCCUUUUCAUAUUAUUUGUAAAUACUGUAUCACAUAAAAUGUUGACCAUUUCAUUGAAUUGGUUAUGAAUUUGAACCAAAGAACGAUUCAGACAUCCAUUGAAUGCGUGAAUCUAUUGAUCCAAUAGUUCUGACAAAUAUUGAUCGUCGAUGACAAGUAUGACAACAAUUGAUUUCAAUACACUGAACAAUCGGCUAAUCAUAUCACAACUGUUGACAAAUAGACAA